UCGAUGGUUGCGAUAAUUUUCAUCGAAUGACCGAAUGAUGCAGUCCCAUAUUGGCAGAAAACGUCGGCGUAAAACAGAAACUUAUUAGAAUGAAAGAGACGGAUAGAUCAAUUUGUGUCCUGCACUCUCAUCAGUUUCUGCUUUACGCCGACGUUUCUGCCCACAUGGGACGGGUCCGGGUGCUUCGCGGCAUGAUCGAAUAAGCGAUGCGCAGUGCGCAGUGUUAGCGAAGAUUGUGGAUUAUUUUUUUCGCCUGCUCUGGACAUUGCAUUGGGCCAACUUCCCAAUCUCAAUUCUCAAUAUUUGGCCCAAUCAGAUCUAAUUCAAUCCAAAUCGGUCUCAAGAAGUAGUCUAAGUAGUCUCGUACUAAAGUUAGUAGUACGUAGUUGUUAAUGAAGGUUAGUCGACGGUUAGGGUGAUUAGAUUUUCGCUCGGCUCGUCUAGGACCUAAAAAUGAAAUUAGAAGUAGAGUAUUUGACUCAAGAGCACCUCACGGGCUUCGAAAAUUACAAGUACAGUUGUGUGGACACCAGCCCUCUUAGCAUUUACAUUACGCAUCCGUUUUGGGACAGAGUUGUUCAGCUUUGUCCAAGAUGGGUAGCUCCGAACGUUUUGACAUUCUCAGGCUUUCUGUUCACUGUUUUCAAUUUCCUGUUGUUUGCAAGUUACGAUUAUUACCUUUACGCAUCCAGUGAUGCCUAUCCAGCGUAUGCAGCAAUACCAAAAUGGGUUUUUGCUGUAGGAGCCUUCAACAUUUUUAUGGCACACACACUCGAUGGCAUCGAUGGAAAACAAGCAAGGCGGACACAAACGUCAGGUCCUUUAGGAGAACUCUUCGAUCAUGGUUUAGAUAGUUGGACUACCAUGCCAAUUACAGUUUGCAUGUUCUCAGUAUUUGGGAGAGCAGAUCAUAGUGUUUCUCCCUUACGAAUGUACUUCAUCCUGUGGAAUGUUUUUGGCAAUUUUUACUUGAGCCAUUGGGAGAAAUAUAAUACUGGAGUUUUAUUUUUGCCAUGGAGUUAUGACGCUUCCAUGUUGGGAACCAUAAUAGUCUUUAUUUUGACGAGCUUUGGUGGACACCAAAUCUGGAAGUUCGAGCUACCGGGCGGAAUAUCUGCCGGUAUCAUGUUCGAAAUGUUUUUGUAUAUAAGUGCUUUAAUAUCUAGCUGUCCAGUAGUGCUGUGGAAUAUUUACAAGUCAUACCGAGAUAAAACCGGUAAAAUGCGGACUUUCUCGGAAUCUGCGAGACCCUUAGUGCCUUUGGCAAUACUUUUUGUGACCGCAACCGUGUGGGUUAUGCACUCUCCAAACAAUAUUUUGGAGGAAGAUCCUAGAAUAAUUUUCAUCGCGAUCGGAACGAUAUUCUCCAAUAUAUGUUGCCGAUUGAUAGUUGCACAGAUGAGCAAUACUAAGUGUGAAACGUUACCCUGGAUAUUAUAUCCCAUUAUUGCAGCUACUCUAAUUUCCUUCAUCUUGCCUAAUAUAGAUCGAGAAUCUAUGUAUGUUGUAUCUGCCAUAUCUUUAGCUGCUCAUUUACAUUAUGGCGCGUGUGUGGUUCGACAAAUGUGCCGGCACUUCCGAAUCAACACAUUCUCGAUAAAGAAUCACUCAGAUUGACUACUUGGUGGCAAUAUAUGCUAAAAACGAAGAUCGAAUUUCAAGAGUGCAAAAGAAGAGAGAAAAGAUCUGAAACGCAGUUAGAGAAGCCAAUUACCGAAAUCUCAACUAGAUGUGUAAUUUACAAUACGAUGUCAACUGCAGUAAUCCUCCACAAUGAUUCCUCAAUCCGAAAAAUAAGUGAUCCCUUGCGAUCGCUCGAUCCUUACGUGUUCUCUAUGGCUAUUAAGAGAUCUCCUUAUAAUCCCAAGUGAUCCCUGAGAAUAUGUGAUAAUAUCUGAUCCCAUGAUUCUUAAGUGUUUCUUGAAAAUCUCACAGUGAUCCGUAAACGAUCGUCUAUGACACCUCAAAAUUGCAUUGUUCCAUAAAAGAUAUCAAGAUCUGUAUAUGGUUCUUUUACCUCCCUCCUUUUUCAAUUCCGGUUUUUCUUUCCAUUAUUUAUUAUCUUUUCAAUAUAGUAAAUUAUACUGCCUUCUUAUUAAAUUAUCAGGUUCUUGUUCAUUUGUGGGUAAAUCUACCGACAAUAGGUAUGCCAAUCAAAGGAAAAUACGCUUAUCGGUCGCAUACAACUUGGUCAGAAUUAUCAAAAUUUAUUCAAUUUGAGCUUUUUCACUCGAAGUUUGGCGAGUUGUCAAAGGAUUUCUUUAGACUGUGGAUAUUGGCCCUGCAAGCAAUGCUCAUAAGUUAAGACGUUAAAUCAAAGCAACGUCAAAAGUGUUGUUUCUAAAAUGUUGACAGCUCUCACAAUAAAAGUGAGGAGGGUCGUUUUUUAUUGGUUACGGUUCCAUGACUUUACGUGAUUAGAAAAUAUAUUAGGUGAAGAUAUAUUUACAGGCCCUGCUGGCAGGACGAAUACGAAUCAUGUCUUUUAAAAUUUGCCUACCUUUACUGUUUCGAAAGUUGUCCAUCAAUAACGAGAAAAAUCUUCACAAGAAAUGCGAAAUGGCCUGAUAACUUAUAGGGAUAUAGUGUUACAAUUACAUUUUUAUGUUAGUUCAAUCACAGACUCAUUCAAUUAUUCAUUCUUCCCGUAUUUUCACCAAAAUACUAUUAUGGUUUGGUUUUGGCUCGUGUGUAAGUAUCAUAAAUGCACCCUCUUCGUUUUUAACAUAUAUUGUCCCUCGGACGCUAGACCAUCUCUGUUAUAAUUAUCCCUAGGAUUAAAAAAAUUAAAUGUCAUGAACAAAUUUCUUCGUCUCUUCUAAAAAUACUUUUAAUUAAAAGAUGUUUUUAUUAGAAACAAAGAAGUCAGCCUUAGCAAGGAAUUCAGGCUCGUAAGUUGAGUUUUAAAUAACUUACUUUCCGGCUCUGAAAUCUACGAAGAAGUUGAAAAACUCGUUAAUCCCUCGGCGAUCUGAUUACAUCUGAUUAUCGUAAAGUGAAUGAUGACUAGUUAAAUUCGAAUUAAUUGUUAAUUAUUUUCAGAACGCCGAAUGGUUAGAAAGACUAUUUUAUAAGGUCUUACAUUUAAGAUCCUAGUCACAUUUAAUUGCAUUCGCUUAUAUACGUAUUCUGAAAAUAAUACGUAGGAAAAAAGGCAACUGAAAUAAGGGGAGAAUGAGUUCGAAGAUGAACAAAUUUUAGGGAUCUGAACUAGUUGGUAAAAGCUUGAAUUAACUCAUGUCUUUGAUCCAUUCCUCAUUUUCUCGUGCUCAUCCUCCUCGGAUAUAAGAAAAUAAGGUCUGUAACAGCCAGUCAAUAGGCGUAAGAAAAUUUGUCAUGCAUCCCAUUUAUUUAUUUAAGCUGUAUAAAUUGAUUUUAAGCAUCACCAAAUGUUGAACACAGCUUUCAUUGUGUUCGAUGAAGCUGUACUUUUAAGAUGUAUGUACUUUAACUCAGAACGAAAAACGGUUCUAUAGUAAUUCUCGAAAUCAAGCAUUUCAAGUGGCAUUUAGGUAAAAAUACUACGUAAUAGAAUUUAUUGAUGAUUCUACAACUACGAAAUAUGUACAAACUAGUUAUGAAUUGUGUAAGUUAUGAGUACUUGCAGCCUAUCAAAGAUGAAAUGUGUGUACAUAAAAAAUACAUUAAACUAAUUUUUAACAAAGAAAAAUCA